AUGAAUAAACAUAGUUCCAUUGGAGAUACAACGAUAAAAAGUGAAAAAAUGAGUUUCAAUUUUAAACCUUAUUCACAAUCUUUUUCUGAAAAAUCGGAAAUUAAAGAAUUAAAAAACUUUGCUCGUUUUUUUUUACAAGGAGAAUUAAUGCGCCAAUUUUUACUAGACGAAGAUAUAUGGUUAUUUAUACAAAAUGUAAAAAUAAAGUUAAAAGAAGAUCCCACUGAAAUAGACAAUUGGCUAGAUAAUCAAUUACAUAUAGCAAAAACUAAUGCUAGUAAUUUUUUUAAUUCUGAUAUUCCUCCUUUUCAUCAUUCAAAAAAGAAUGUUGAAUAUAAUAAUUCUAAAAUUGAUAAAGAUUAUGAAAAAAAUAGUUUUAUUAAUAAUGAUUUUUUUAAAAAGAGUAAAUACAAUGAUAAAUAUAUGAAUAAAAAAAGUGAUACAAAAGAAUUAGAAAAAGAUAUGAUAAUAGAGAAUGCAGAAAUGAACAGGAAAUUUAUAAAUGAAUUAAUUCAACAUAACUUAGAAAAUAAAGAGAAAAGGAUAGGAGAUUAUAAAAAAAUAGAAUAUAGCGUUAAUAUGCAAGAAAAAAAUUAUGAUUUUAAUGAAAAAAAGUUAGACAAUAUUGAUAAUAAUAAUAAUAGUAAUAUUAAAGUAGAGAAUGGAAUAAAUAGAAUAACAGUAAUAGAUAAUAAAUAUGAAAGUAAUAAUAAUUUAAAGGAAUAUGUCGAUAAAAAUAGUGAAAAAAAUGUAAUAAAUAAUAAAGAUUAUAUGAAAAGAAGAAAAAAAGAAAUAGGAGAAAAUGAUUUAAGCACGAAUAACAAUUAUAAUGAAGAAACAGAAGAAAAGAAAAUUUUAAUGAAUAUAAAAUCUCAUCUUAACUUAGAGAAUAAUUUAAAGAAUGAUAUUUUCAAUAAAAAACAGAAUAUAAUUAAUACAUAUGAAAAUAAUUCAGCUAAUGUUUUAUAUAGUAAUAAAAAUGAUUUCACAAUAACAAAUAAUAAUAUUAUUAAUAAUGAAAAUGAUAAUGAUUUAAGAGAUGAUAAUAAUUAUAUAAAUGAUUUAAGAAAUAAUGUUUCUAAAAACAAAGUUGAUGAAGAUAAAUUUAAUGAAAGAAAAAAAACAUAUGAAAACAAAUUAGUAGAAACUAAAUUGAAUGAACUCCAAUUUAAAACAAAUAAAUUAGUGAAAAAAGAAAUAGAUGAGGAAAUAAGAAAUGAAGAACCAUUUCAUCUAAAUGAAUUUAAUGAAAAUGAAUUAGCUGAAAAUAAAAUAAAGGAAAGCAGUGCACAUUAUAAAAAUAAAUCAGUACGAAUAGAGUUAGCUCAAAAUAAAUCAACAGAAAAUAAAUUUAAAAAUGAAUUCAAUGAAAAUUUAUGUAAUAAAAAUAAUAAAAUAGUUGAAAAUAAAUUAAAUAUAAAAGUUAAAAAUAACAAUAAUGAAAUGCAAAUUUUAAUACCUAAAGUCACAGUCAAAAUUGGAAGGUUAAUGAAUGAAGAUAGAGAUAUGAAAUUAAAAAAAAUAUUUAACCAAUGUAAUAAUAAAAUGAAUUUAGAAGCUUUUGAAAAUUUAAUAGUUGUGAAUUUUUUAAAGAUAGGGAAAUAUAUGAGUCAUACAUUAUUUUCAAAAAUUGAUAAAGUUAAUAGUGAUUUCAUAACAUAUGAGAAUUUAAAAAAAUUUUUUUACAAUCGCUUUAUCGAUGGAACAAAAGAUCCAAGUUAUUAUGAUGAUGAAAAAUACAAAAAUAUGUUUAAAAAAGGUAAAAAAGAUAUUUUUGAAAGUUAUUUUUAUAAUUCCAUCCAAAAUGAAUAUACAAAAAAUAAUUUAAUCCAUGAUAAUGAAACGGGUGAUUUUCCUUCCAGUCAAAAAGAUCAUAUAGAUGUACCCUUUAAAAAAUGCUCAAUUAUCAAUUUUUUUAAUGCAAUUAAGGAUGAAAAAAAAGAUCAUUUAGAAUUUAAAGAUUUUGAUGCAUAUGUAAGGGAAAUUUUAAGAAGAAACAAGUCUUUAAAAUUUUUAUUAGAUCAUGUAGAAUUUUUAGAAAGAUAUAUAGAAUCAGUUAUAGUUCGUUUAUAUUAUCAUAUAGAUAUAAAUGAUACAAAUAAAAUAUAUUUAAAUGAUUUACGAAAACAUGAUUUAGCUCAUGUUUGGUGUUCUCUAGAUGAUUCUAUAAAAGUGCAACAUGUUAGACAGUAUUUUAGUUAUUCCCAUUUUUAUGUAUAUUAUUGUACUUUUUGUCAAACAAGUAGCUGUAAAGAUAUGUUGAUAGAUGAUAAUGAUUUAUAUCGGUUUGAUAAUCAUUCAUUAAAUGAUUUUAUAGUUAAUAGGAUAUGGUCAAGAAUAUCAAUGAAAUUAGGAGGACCUAACCAAAAAUAUAUGUGCUUGAAUGAUUGGAUUUAUUUUAUAAUGAAUUAUGAAGAUAUGACUUCGAAUAGAUCUAUUGAAUUUUGGUUUAAAUUAAUUGAUUUAGAUGCAGAUUGUGUCAUAAGAGAUCACGAAAUUCAAGUUUUUUUUAAUAUACAAAUGGAACGAUUAAAAUCUCAUUACUUAGAGGAACCUAAAUUCGAAGAUUGGCUGUGCCAAAUGAACGAUGCUAUUCGACCAUCUAAUGAAGGAAAUUUUACUUUAUCUGAUUUUAAAAAAAAUAAAAAAUAUGCUGCAAAAUUUUUUGGUUGUUUGGUUAGUUUAUCAAAAUUAUUAGCAUGGGAAAGUAGGGAUGUACAUAAAGAACUUCAAAUUGAAACAGAAUUUCCUCAUUGGACUCCAUGGGAAAUUUUUUGUAAGACCAAAUAUGAUGAACUGUGUUAUAUAGAAAAUGAAAGUUGCUAUGAUGAAAACUUUGACAGUUAUGAAAACUAUGAUUCGAAAAAUUUAUAUAUCCUAGAUUCAGAUUAA